CAAAAGAUGAAGGUCACCAAGUGCAAUGUUAGGUUCUAAUCAUCAACCACCGUCCCCGGAGCCUGACUAUUCGAAGGAUGUUGAGUCAGGUAAGCCGGCUUCCUCGAGAAGGGAGGAAAAGCGCAGGUACGGGACUCCAGUAUUCUAAAUACGGUGCUAGUGAUACUUAUCUGACUACUGUCGCCUGUCCUAGACGCAGGAUUCUGCAUUGGAUUGCCUCCUGGAAACAGGACCCGGGAGAUGCCCCCGAAAAUCAAAAUGAUCAAACCCAGAGCGGCGCCGCUGAGCCAGUCGAAGACACCGCAUCCAUCCGUUCUCGUCGUUCGAACCAGUCAGCCCAGUCGGCUGGGUCACAGGCUUCGGUGUUGUCCUUCCGGUCCUUUAAGUCGCACUUCUCUCGACUCUCCCGCAUGUCCGGCAGCUCCCAGCGGUCGUACGAGAACCCCGUCCUCGAGUCGGUCCAGACCAUCUUGGAUCUGGCAACCAAGCUCGAGGCCGAGAGCAAACCGACGAUAUUGGGCAUAGCGCACCGGAGCAGUGGUAACCGGGCGACGCAGUGUACUCGCUAUACGCAGGCCCUGAAGCGUCUGAAGGAACAGGUAUCGGGCUAUGCGACGCAUCCCGCUGUGAUGUAUAGCAGCAUUCACACUUCCCCUAGAGAACUGGUUAUGCUAUGUGAUAGGGUCAGGCUGCUCGACCACGGGGCGCAUGCCGAUACUAGUACGGGCAGUCUCGCGCUGGACUCGGACCUGCUCAAUGAGGUCUGUGAUGAGUUGGCAAGCUGGUUUGACAACUUCUUCGUCGUGCCAGAUCAACAAGCGCAGAGGUAUCAGGCUUACAUCUCCUCGCCACUGCGGCACGAAAUACACCAUGACGGGAUGUCUGGUGAGGUUGAGGGCUUUCGAGCGACAGAGAUGACAGAACCCGUCGAGGUCCCCAUUCCGCUUGUCCAAGAGCAAAGAGCGAAUCCUGUUCCCAAGAAGGAUGUGUCCCAUGGGUUGGCCCUAACUUUACCCGUGUGAUGGAGAUUGAUAUACUGCCAAAGCGGGGCUAUAAGAGGGCAUUGAAGGAUAGCUGACCUGGUAGUAUACGAAAAAGGAAGCGUUUGCCCUUGAAGGGUUUGACUGUCCGGAUAUCAGACCGGUUUCUUAUACUAAGGUAGGUAGGUAUGCCUCACAGCUCAUUCUGAGGAGUCUAAGCCGGCUCAGCGCUCUCUUUUUCGGCGGAUAACCUGCGACGAUGAAUAAAAGCUAUGCCGUUUCAGGAAAGAUUUGGGAGAGCUCCGUGGUGGGGCAUCAGGUAGCAACCGCCGGCGGGUUCGAGAGUUCAAACCCUUCUGCACUUCCAACCUCCAACCUGCGGUUGACCAGCCCACACUUACUCGACCAUAGGUAGUUAAGUAGAUAGGCACCACAAGCACCUCCACAAUAGUCAUGUCAGAC